GGGAGCUGGAUGAGGCCUGGGAAGGGCAGGCCGCAGGAGGCGGAGGAUGCGCAGCCCCCCCCCCCCCGAGCCCGGCACAGAGCCUGACCCUUCCCCAACGCCCCCCCCGGACGCGGAGUCACCGCCCCCGGCACAGGCCGCCGAGGACGAGGCGGUGGCUCGGGAGCUGGAGCAGCUCUACCUGUCCCACCUGCGCCGGCUGCGGGGGGGGGGCGACCCCGGCGACAGCGACCCCCCCCCGCGGAACGGGGGGGGCCCCCCUCUCCCCGAGCGGGCCCCCAACACGUCGCUGGCCCAGGAGAUGGCCCUGCGCUACGAGGGGGGGGGUCGCUGCAGCCCCCCGGUGCUGCUGGGCAGGGGGGGGGGCCGGCUGGAGGGGGCGCUGGUGGUGCCCGCGCGGCCCCCCCGGGGCAGGGGGGGCGCGGGUGGGUUGGGGGGGGCCCUGCGGGGCUGCGGGGUGGUCCUGGCCUUGGCCGUGCUGGUGCCCGUGGCCUGGGGGGGGGACGGGGGGGGUCCCACGGCCGCGCUGGCCCUGGGGCUGUACCUGGCGCUGGCCUGGCUCACGUGAGGGGGGGGGUGUCCCCAAAUUGUCACUGCCCCCCCCCGAAAAAAACUGUCACCACCCAAAGUCUCACUCGCACCCCCCGUUUCACCCCUGAGAAAGUGGGACACCCCCCCCCCAAAUGGGUCUGGGAGGGGAGGGAGGGGUGAGUUGUGGUGUGGGCACCCCCAGAUUGCCCCCUCCGGGGUUGGGGGGGGGGCUCCAUCACUGCGUGGGACCCCCCGGGUUUUGGGGUGCCCCUGUGUACAUACAGCCAUGGAACGAUGGUGGCCCCGAGUUGUUGUCGUGGGGGGCCUCGGGGGGGCUUUGGGGGAGGGGAGGGUUGUCUGUCCCCGUUCUGGGAGGGGGGCUGGUUUCACACACACCCCCCCCAUCGCUGUCGCAGCCGUUUCCUGCCCCGGGAAAGGUCCCAGCAAAGGUCACGGGGCCCGUGGGUGACAAACAGACCCCCCCGGGGUGGGGAGGGGACUCUGGCACCCGGCUGGGGAGGGGGGGGAGUCACCUUCG